CUCUACGGCUACAUGGCGAUGGAGCGGCCCCCGAGCGGCCGCCUCUGCUACCGGCCCUGCCCCGACCCGGCGGCCGACCGGGGCCACCGCAAGCGGACCUACUCGCUGACCACCCCGUGCCGGCAGAGGCCCCCCCCGCCGCAGCUCUCCUCCGCCUCCCUCGACGAGUACACGCUGAUGCGCGCCACCUUCGCCGGCAGCGCCGGCCGCCUCUUCCCCUCCUUCCCUGCCGCGGCAUCCCCCAAAGUGACCUACACCCCCUACCCCGAGGACUACGGGGACAUCGAGAUCGGCUCGCACCGCAGCUCCGGCAGCAGCAGCACCAACCUGGGGCCGCCGGCAGGGGGGGGGGAGGGAGGAGGAGGAGGCGGCGGUGGGGGAGAUGAUGAUGGCUACAUGCCCAUGACCCCCGGCGUGGCCGCGGCCCUCGGGCGGGGGAGCCGGGGAGGAGAUGACUACAUGCCCAUGAGCCCCACCAGCGUGUCCGCCCCCAAGCAGAUCCUGCAGCCCCGGCCGGGGGUGGGCGGUGGGUCCCCCGGGAACGGGAGCAGCUACAAGACCAGCUCGCCCGGGGAGAGCUCCCCUGACGACAGCGGCUACAUGAGGAUGUGGUGUGGCUCCAAGCUGUCCGUGGAGAGCUCAGACGGGAGGCUGAGCAACGGAGACUACAUCAAUAUGUCCCCUCGGGAUCCCCACCAUGGGCCCCAGGCUCCCUCCCUCACCCCCCCGGACUUCUUCUUCGCCCCUGUGGGGCACGGGGCUGGCGAGCCCCUCAAGCCUGGCUGCUAUUCGUACAGCUCCUUACCCCGCUCCUACAAGAGUCAGGGCCUGGCUAAGGACAGCGACCAGUACGUCUUCAUGAACUCCCCGGGGAGGAUGAUCCCGGAGGAGGCGGUGUGCGGCACGGGUCCCUCCCCGGCCGGCACCUUCGCCCCCUCCAGCCACACGGUGCCUUCGCCCCUGCGGCACAGCCGGACCGAGAGCUUCCUGAGCCAGCGGUGCCAGCGGGCGGUCCGGCCCAGCCGCCUCUCUUUGGAGACCUUGCGGACGAUGCUGCCCAGCAUGAACGAGCACCCCCUGCCUCCUGAGCCCAAGAGCCCUGGGGAGUACAUAAACAUCGACUUCGGCGAUGCCGCUGUCUAUUCUCCCCCCUCGCUGCCCGCCGACAGCCCAGCCUCCUCCCUGGGCUCGGGCACGGGGCAGAGGCGCUCCCCUCUCUCCGACUACAUGAACAUUGACUUCGGUUCGCAGUCGCCCUCCCAGUCAGGCACGGUCUCGGUGGGCUCCUUGGAAGCACUUUCACCAGGCUCUUCUUCCAGCACCAGCCAGCCCGACGGGCGCUACCUGAAAGCGGCUGUGGGGGUGACUUGUUUGUCCAGCCCGUCUGACGGCGGGGAUUACACCGAGAUGACCUUUGGCAUGGCCACCACCCCGCCCCAACCCAUCGUUCAGAAGCCAGAAAGUGCCCGGGUCACCAGCCCCACGGCUGGGGUGAAGAGGCUCACCCUCUCGGGGGUGGAGGCUUUCAUUCUUGCCAGCCCGCCCCCGGACCCCAACCGCGGGGCCAAGGUCAUUCGGGCCGACCCCCAGGGGCGCAGGAGGCACAGCUCGGAAACUUUCUCCUCCACCACCACUGUGACCCCAGUGUCCCCCUCCUUUGCACACAACCCCAAAAGGCACAACUCGGCCUCGGUGGAGAACGUGUCCCUCAGGAAAAGCGAAGGCCUGGAGGAGGAGCAGGGCAGCAGCCCCAUGUGCCGGGAGACCUCGGCCGGCUUCCAGAACGGCCUCAACUACAUCGCCAUCGACGUGGUGGACGGGACCCUGGCAAACUGUGACAAAGCCAGGUCGAAAGCCAGGCACGUCCUGAAAGGAGGUAUCAACGGAGUGGAGACGAGCGCCUAUGCCAGCAUAGACUUUCUGUCUCACAACCUGAAAGAAGCAAGUGCUGUGAAAGGAAGUACAGGAAGAUGGAAAAGAUGAGAGAUCCACCGUUGGCAGAGCGAGCUUUGAACCUAAUUAAGACGAGAGGAUUGUUGAAUGAAAUGGCAAAGUUUUAAAGGAUGAACGCUUACUCUGAGUGACUCGAAAGGUUGGGGGCAGAGUGUUCCUUGUCAGUUGCUUUUAUUUUUGCUGGAGUCAUUUUCAGGAUUCGUGUGUCUUGACCUAAAUCAGUGCGGAUGCUGCAACUACUGGUGGUGUUGCCAUCUGAAAGGCCAGCUUUGGGACUGCAGCCCAGGACACUGGCAAACGACUGUGCACGUUUCUUUGCAAAAAAAACUGAUUUUUCACAGAAACAAGGGGUUUGUCUUGAGCCACCUAUGGCUACAACUGCAAGCCAGGGGGUGCUGGGAAGGAGAGAUUUCCACAACAGUCUCCAAACUGCAGAACCCAAGGCAGAGGGGGAGCAGGGGGAGGGGAGCGGGAGCCAGUGACAGAGAAAACCUGGCGUGGAUGGCGGCGUUUCCAUCAGCCAGGCAGAAAGCAGGAGUAGAGCAGCCGAUCAGUCAGAUAAGCUGGGGGAAUUGACUGCUGUCCUUCUGACAAAGUAAACAAAAGGGUAAUGCGAUAAACACAGCCACGUUAAUUUGGUACACGGUGUACAGAGGAGAGGGUUUAAUUGUAUAUUUAUCCACGGGUGGUUAUAGACUUACUUUAAUAUGUAAUCUGCAUGUGUAUUUAUUUCCCCCGUUUCCUUUAAGCUUAUAAAUGUCGACCGCAUCCAGAAGCGUUCUGGGUAAACUCGUCGAGGUUUAAUCUCCACGUAGGAGGCAAAGCUCUCCUUCCCAUCCUUCUGUUUCCCUGAAAAAUGUGUCCGCCUACUGCGCAUCGGUGCAGUCUCGCUGUGCUUGGGGAUUGCUGUAGCCAAUAUCAGGCCAGGGCGGUAAGAAAAAACUUGCACAAGCAUCCCUCAGCAGUGUUGUGGGUUACAUGUCAAAUGCAGGGUUUCAUGCCAGUUGUGUUUGUGGCAGACUGACUGGGAGAGUCAUAGCAUGGGAAAGUCGGACUAGAUCACAAAGAAUCUUAGGAGUGUAUGUAGGAUCGACUUUUGCAAAUUUCUGAGCUUCUCUUUUGUUUUUUGUUAGGACUACAAACUGAAGUUUGUUUGCAGAGCUGCUUCUGCCACUGUUAAAAAGAUGAUUUAGUAUUGUGCCAGUGUAUUUAAAUAUCCAAAGUUGUGGCUUGGGAGUUUGCUAAGACUUUCAUAUUUCUCAGAGAAAUACAUAGACAAUUUAAAGAAAACCAUUUAUGAGCAUAAGGAAGAGUAAACUUAAUCUAACACAGAAGUAAUUCUGAUAGAUUUGAGAGAAUCUAAUUUAAUAAAGUAAUGGUUUGUACAAGAGAUUGCUUAUAUUGUAUAUAGUCAGCAUUGUUUACUUAGCUCUUUGCACUUUUUUCAGACGUUGUUUUUGAAUAUAUUAUCAAAGUGGGAAGCUUUACUUCUUCAAAACUAAAGAGGGAGUUUUCUAGGGAUUUUUUUUUUUUUAAACAAUGGAGGAUCCAUACAUGUUUAGUAGUUGGAACAGGGGAACAUCUCAGAUACAGGAUAUAUGAACGUUCUCGUUGUAAUUCAGUGUAAAAUAAACUUAAAAAAAAAAGGAAAUAAUUGAUUUGAAUGCUUCGUAAAGGCCUGUAGCAAUCAACAUGUUUUCAUGUGGAUAAAUAUGUGAAUGGAAAUUAUCUGUACCAUUUGGGGGUGGCUUAUUUUCACGUGUAGCUUGUCUCCUCUGUCAGUACCUGACCUCUGCUGUAGCAGUGCUGCGCUUCUGGGAUUCUCUUCUGUCGCGACAAGAGCAAGCUCCUGCCGCCACAAUAGCAGUCAAAACAGAAAAAUCAAAAGGUUGCUCGAAAUCAUCAGCGCAUUUAGUUUUACUGUACUCUGAAAGUGUGCAAUUGCUUAAGAAUCUGAGAAAAGCUUGCCUUCGUCCAACAUGUAAAUAAAAUAAUACUGUUACUGGUCAGUUAAAACUCUUGUUACAUGCUGAUAAUUAGCUAGCCUUUGUUCUUAAAUGCUGAUUGCUUUUCUGCUUUAAAAAAGUAUGAAUUGUGUAUGGUUUUCAUUAUUUAUGGAGACGUUGACGGUUAUUUUCUCAUAUAGUGUAAAUUAUUUAUUCCACUGUAUUUAUGACAGAUCACACCCAACAAUGAGCUGAGUUUUUAUGGUGGAUCUUAGCUCCAUUGAAGUCAAGUGGGAGCUUUGUCUCGAUUUCAGUGGGGUUAAGAUUUUACCCUUUGUGUGUAAUCCUGGAAUUCCUAAGUAGAAUUCCCAUUAAAUUUAGUGGGUGUGUAACAGGGAAUUUUGCUUGUCUGAAAACACCAUACUUGGGUGUGUUAUCUUUAAUUCUGUUUUCUAUUAACAAAAUGCUCUGUAACUUUUAAAUGCUUCUAGUAGUUGGUCUAAUUUUCCAAAACUGAACAGAUACUAUGUAUAAUGAUGCAAAAAAACCGAGGGUGGUUUCCUCCUGUGUUAGUUUCCUUUGUCUUGAUUUAUUUAACGUAGUCAUCAUCUGUAAUGCAUCUACUUAAGAUCGUAAUAAGGUGAUUUUUGAUAAUAAUGAACCUCCCUCUUGUCAAUUAGCUCUUACUUUUGUGAGGGUUUUAUGAUUGCGCCUAAACAAUAAAAAGCCUAUCUUAAGAAA